CCGCAGACGCGUACGCAUCACGUAACGAAUCCAUUCCGGUCACCCCGCGGAGGUGCAACCAAGCCUCGUUCGUUACACCUUUCCCAUCUCUGUACUGUAUGAACUUUUGGAUAUAGCAAGGGGCAACAGCGCCAUUUAUACUCAGAACAAACCAAGUUUAUAUCGAAUCUACAAAGUCCCGCAAACAUGCAGUCUAUGCACAGGCAGUUCGGAAAGUUGAUGAAGAGAUCGGCGGAUGAUAGCCAGGUUUCGGUGCUCUUGAAGGACUUUGACAAUGCAGAUAAACUUUUGACAAAGAUUAUAGAAUCGACGAAAGCCUGGCGCGAUGCAUGGAUAUCGAUCUUGACGUAUCAAGGGCGCCUGGUACAAGAAUUUGAGACCGUAUACGCACCGAUUGUGGGCUCCUCAGAAGGAACCAAGAGUCGACCAGCUGUAGAAACACCUAAAUCAACUCUGGAAAGGGUCAACCGCCUGAGUCAAGAAUUCGAGUCGCUUCGGACGGAUUUGCUGGUUGAUGUGAAUGCUGUGGAUGAUCGCAUGAUUCGUCCGUUCCAACAGGCAAAGGAUUAUCUGGCUCCAUUGAAGAAAACAAUCAAGAAACGAGAAGAUAAAAAGCUGGAUUACGAACACUUUCAGAACCGAGUCGAUAACUCAAUGAAGAAGGCUAAACGAAGUGAUCGUGACAAUGCGGUGUUAGCCAAAGCAGAGGCUGACCUGGCGAAGGCCAAGGAGGAAUACAGCAGUGCAGACGAUAACUUGAGACAACACCUGCCACCACUUAUUACCGCCGUAUUCUCUCUGGUGCCUUAUUUCUUAGCAUCGCAAAUUGAACUGCAAAACGCCCUACUCGGCCAUUAUUAUACCGUUCUUCAUACAUACGCUCAGGACGAAAAUUUCCAGUCGCCGCCUCCGCCAAUGGAGGAUGUUAUUCAAGUCUGGAAGUCUGAAUUUUUACCAAUCCAGCAAGAGAUUGAGAGCUUCACAACUAUAGCAAACGGCAAAGCCGUUCGAGGGGAUGACGAUCGCCGUAACGGAAGUCAUUCAAACGGUUUCGGCGUGCGACGUCCGAGUUAUAAUCAUCAGAUAUCCGCUACAUCACCCAGUCGCAAUCUUGCUCCUCCUGCCCCGAACCUCGGAACGAAGCCAAAAAUUGGUCAGACUUUGGCGUCAUCUCCAUCGGCUGCUUCCAGUUAUCUCAGUGUAAAGUCGCCGUCUCCGGCCGCUAGUACGCCUGAAUAUGCAUCCGACCAUUAUAGUACCCCCAUGACCCCAGGUCAAGCAUCAGGCGGUUCUCGCGGCGACUAUUUCAGCCGAGGCAGACAGCCAUCUUCAGGUUCGACCACGCCUGGUUCUAUGUUGAGCACGAUAGGAAAGAAGAAACCUCCCCCACCACCGCCCCCUCGCGCAAAGUCAGCGCAUCAAGCUGUUUACGUCACGGCUUUGUACGACUUUGGUGGCCAAGGUGAAGGAGACUUGGUGUUUAGGGAAGGGGAUCGAAUUCGAGUAAUAAAGAAAACUGAUAGUACGGAUGACUGGUGGGAAGGCGAAUUACAUGGUGUCCAAGGCAGUUUUCCGGCCAAUUACUGUCGGUAAUCGAAUCCGUCUGGAAUCAAUACGGAAUAUUAUGUGAUUAUGUUUCAUUACGUUCAUGAUGUGAUAUCCAAAUGCAAUGGGCGGAGAAAUCGCAUGCAACGAAUACGCAAGGACAUCUAUGUAUUUAGCGAUAUAGUAUUAUUAUACGCAACAUGUUUUGGUUUCAAUUGGUU